UGUCAUGUCGUUUCCUCUCCCCAAACCUCAGGCUCCUCAGCUUCCUCAGCAUCUGCUCAGGACCAUCGACUGUCAGCAAGGAGCUGUCAGAGCUGUCCGCUUCAAUGCUGAUGGUAACUACGUGCUGUCCUGCGGCAGUGACAAAUCUCUAAAGCUGUGGAGUGUGAGCCGAGGGACGCUGCUGAAGACGUACAGCGGACACGGAUACGAGGUUCUGGAUGCAGACGGUUCCUAUGACAACAGCCAGAUUUGCACCUGCAGCUCAGACAAGACGGUGAUCCUGUGGGACGUCGCCACGGGCCAGGUCACACGGAAGCUCAGAGGUCAUGCUGGGAAAGUAAACUGUGUCCAAUUCAAUGAGGAAGCAACUGUCAUCUUGUCUGGCUCCAUAGACGGGACGGUGCGUUGCUGGGACACCAGGUCCCGUCGGUUUGAGCCCAUCCAGGUUCUGGACGAGGCUCGAGACAGCGUCAGCAGCGUGAAGGUGAUGCAACACGAGCUGCUAACAGGGUCGGUGGACGGUAGAGUGAGGCGCUACGACCUGAGAAUGGGACAAUUACACGUGGACUUCAUCAGCAGUCCGAUCACGUGCGUGUGUUUCAGUCAGGACGGUCAGUGCACGCUGAGCUCCAGUCUGGAUUCAACGGUCAGACUGCUGGACAAGACCACCGGAGAAAUGCUGGGAGAGUAUUCAGGGCACAAGAUGAAGGGCUAUAAGCUGGACUGCUGCCUGUCCAGUAAAGACACUCACAUCCUGAGCUGCUCCGAGGACGGACACGUGUACUGCUGGGACCUCGUGGAGGGCUCUUUAUCGUUAAAGCUGCCGGUGGGGAAAGCCGUGGUCCAGUCUCUUGCUUUCCACCCGACGGACGUCUGCCUCCUUACAGCCAUGGAGGGGCGUGUCCAGGUGUGGGGGGCAGAGCCAGAGGAGACGGAGGAGGAUGCCAUGGCAACGUAGAGAGGGUGAAAGUAGUAGAUAUUUCAGUAACUGGGCUAUACUGUCAUCCUAAAGAAAACCCAAAUUAGGAUGACUGACACUACUGAUCUUCUUCUCUGAGGUUGCUGGUGUUAACAUAAGUGCUGACAGAAGGAAUAUAAGGCAAAGUCUCAAAUGAAAGAGAUCAUAAUUGGAGUAUAUGUAAAUUUAUAAAUGAUCAUUGUGGAAAAAGUGGUUUUAUUUCAUUCUG